GUCACACCUGGGAGAGGAGGAGAGGAGAGCAUAGCGCCUGCGACAAGAUGGAUGUGGGCAGCAAAGAGGUCCUGAUGGAGAGCCCGCCGGACUACUCUGCAGCCCCCCGGGGCCGAUUUGGCAUCCCCUGCUGCCCGGUGCACCUGAAACGCCUUCUUAUCGUGGUGGUGGUGGUGGUCCUCGUCGUCGUGGUGAUUGUGGGAGCCCUGCUCAUGGGUCUCCACAUGAGCCAGAAACACACGGAGAUGGUCCUGGAGAUGAGCAUUGGGGCGCCGGAAGCCCAGCAACACCUGGCCCUGAGUGAGCACUUGGGUACCACUGCCACCUUCUCCAUCGGCUCCACUGGCCUCGUGGUGUAUGACUACCAGCGGCUCCUGAUCACCUACAAGCCAGCCCCUGGCACCUGCUGCUACAUCAUGAAGAUUGCUCCGGAGAGCAUCCCCAGUCUGGAGGCUCUCACUAGAAAAGUCCAGAACUUCCAGGCCAAGCCCGAAAUGCCGACCUCUAAGCUGGGCCAGGCGGAGGGGCGUGAUGCAGGCUCAGCACCCUCCAGAGGGGACUCGGGCUUCCUAGGCAUGGCCGUGAGCACCCUGUGUGGCGAGGUGCCGCUCUACUACAUCUAGAACUCCUCAGGUGAGCAGGUGUGAUCCCAGGGACCCUGAUCAGCAGUGGAGGAGCCCUCGGGCCACCUGCCCUGAGCAGUGAAGGAGCGCUCAGGCUGACCAGGCGCUGGGGCGUCCAUUGAAGCCAGGUCAUCCAGGGAGCUCAGGGGAGGGGUGGCUCAUGCUAGUAUUUCCCACUCCCGGGACCCUCUCUGUCCAACCUCAACCUUCCUUUGCUUCACAGGGUCAGUGGAAGCCCCAAGGGGUCGGGAAACGCCCCGAGAAAAGGGUCUUUUGCAACUUUUGCAGACGGGCAAGAAGUUGCUUCUGCCCACACCACAAGGACAGGCCCUGGAGAAAUGGGAGUUUGGGGAGAGGAUGGGAGUGGGCGGAGGUGGCGCCCAGGGGCCGGGGAACUCCUGCCACAACAGAAUAAAGCAGCCUGAUUGAAAAGCAAA